UGACGACGAGUGAUGUGUAUAAACAAUCGUUGGUUCCACCACCGCAAGAUAAUUGAAGGAGAUUUUUUCAAGGAUGUUCAAGAAUGCUCUUGAAUCGAAUACUCGGUAUGCCUAUGCCGGUUGAUUUGCAAAAUCUACUUUUCCAGUAUUUUACGGACACGUUUAAUAUGACUAUUACGACUGCAAAGAAGACGGGGAAAUUGAACAUGGGAAGUUUUGAUCUUGUCACGUCUGGUAAAAAUAAUAGGAGAUAGUGAGACUAUUUACAUUCCUGAGGAAGCUUUCGACGGGGAUUGUACCAGCUGAAUUGCAUGUCGUGCACGUUGAGCGAGGAAUGAGUUGGGCAGAGGCUACUGAUCGAUGAUCGGGAUUCACCGUCACUAAGAAAAGUUUUUACUUGAGACAUCAAGUUAGUAACAGUAGUAAGCAAACUGCAAUUCUCGCGGUUACUGUUGACAGUGGGGAAAAAGAAGGCCUAGGGCAAAAAAGACCAACUUUAUAUUGUCUAUAGUCGAGUCGAUAUUGGUGACAUUUGUUGAAGGAUUUUGAAAUUAAGUAUGCCUAAAUUAAAUAAAAAGCAUAUCACGCUUGAGCAGAAGGACAUGAUGCUGGCCUUUAUGCUAAGUCAUAAGGACUUAGCACAAGGCAGGAUGUCAGGAUCCAGUUAUAAACAAGAGUCGGACGAGCUAUAUGAAACAAUGACGGAGCUAUUAAACAACGUGGAAAAUGGAGCGGUGAAGACUAUGUCUGCUUGGAGAAAGAUUGCCUUAGACAGUUCCGAGAAUUUGGAAGAUGGAGAUUUGAAAGAAGGCAGUAUCGAUUUUGAAUCCUUCAAAACAGAGGAAGAAAAGGUGGUUAUAGGAACAUCAAAGCAGAUUGACAUUAAAGAUGAUUCAGCUGAACCCUCCAAAAAGCAGAGUGCGACUAAAAGGAAAAGUUUGACUAAUUUCCUGAAUACAAAAAGGGAGAAAUUGUCAGAUGCGCCGAUAGUUAUAGAAAGUGAUGAGGAGUAUGAACAAGAUGUGGCGUCUAAAAUAAAAGGCGAGAGAACUUGGGUGUAAAACCUGCAAGUCAGGGGGAAGUCACUUCGGGGUAAAGCGACACGAGGCGAGACAUUUGUUAUUAUUAUUUUCUUAUUAUUGUUAUUCUUUUACAACGAUUAUUAUUUUAUAUUUUAGUUUUUUUGUUUUAUAUUCUUUAUAUUAGGCUACGUUACUAUUUUGUUAUUUUUCAUUUAUUUUAUUCUUAUUUCAUUUUACUUUGUUAAUUUUGUUUUAAACCUUUUAUUCUUUAUUUUGUUACAAUAUAUUUAUCUUACGAAGGUUUAAUUAAUUGUCUCAUUAUUGACUACACCUCUCCUCGAAAUUACAGCAAAUCAAUUCUUAGAUGGCGCUUCACGCCAUUAACUAUGGUUAAUUAUUUAUUUAAUUAAUAUUUAAGGGAACCCGGACUCCAUCCGGCGAGCGAAU